UCUCUGAGAUGUGAAUUCAUUCUACUUUGAGGCUACAGCAAACCAAAGUAGCUGAAUGUUAGCUCCCGGGCUAGCCGAUUCUGCUAAUGUUGUUAGCUCCCUUGCUGGCCUGAGUUUUCUUGCAGCCUGAGUUGAUAUUUUAGAAUAAAUUAAACUGUUUUAGUCCUUUUAAUCGGUCAGUUACUCGGGUAUUUGAUUUAUAGCACUGUUAUGUCCGCAUAAGUCCAAUGAAGAUGCAGUUCAUUUAAUGUAAUUGGAUUUUAGCGUUAGCUAACCUUGCUUUGAUUCUACUAGCCACUACAGAGUCUCUUUUUGUUGAACUCAAACGUAACUUUGAAUUGCAGGAAAGGGAGGUUUAAUGUUUAAUUCACCGAGAACGCAUGCAGUCAGUGUUUCACAUGACUUCCUGUCAGCGUGCUUUCAUUCAGUCGUGGAGCUCUCCGUGGUUCUGACGCAAGGGACCACCCCACCUCCAGGUUUUGGUUUUAAAUUGCAUUAAAAUGAGUACUACACUUUAAAUGAGCUACAAAAGGAUAACUGAACAGCAUAUUAGUUGAAAUCACUCCUGAGCUAGCUGUGGGGUUAGAGUAGAUGAAUAAAAAAAAAAGUCCUAUUUUUGGGUAUUAUCCUGUUGUCGCUAACGAGUAUUUUUAACACCAACGGAUGAUAAUAAAGCAAAUCAGUGGGACACCCUCAACUGUAAAAUGUCGAUGGUGUUGUUUGCCUCUGUGGUUCGCGUCGCGGACGGUCUGCCUCUCUCAGCAUCCACCGACUGCGAACAGGAGAAAGACCUCCAGGAGACGAAGAGGCAUCUUAAGGGUCUCUCCAAGAAGCUCAACCAGUUCCCUGACCGCUGCACACUCAAGUCCGGACCGUACAAUGUGAACUUCAUAUACUCGCUGGGUGUUGGAUACCUGAUGGUCUGCACUGGAAAUUACCCCAAUGUGCUGGCCUUCUGCUUCCUGGACGAGCUGCAGAAAGAGUUCAUCAUCACUUAUGACUCCAAACGCAUCAGCAGUGCCGUGCGGCCGUACUCCUUCAUCGAAUUCGACACCUUCAUCCAGAAGACCAAGCAGCGCUACAACAGCCCUCGCUCCCUGUCCACCAAGAUCAACCUGGCUGACAUGCAGACAGAGAUCAAGCUGCGCCCGCCCUAUCAGCUUUCCCCAGAGGACCUUCAGGCUAUCAAUGGAUUCUCGGUGCGAGCCGCUUCUAAAUACAAGGGCAUAGCCCCCACACAGAUGUUGGAGCCGGCGACGCUCCCUGGCAUUGUGUCCUGUGUGCUCAGCGUCCUCUGUGGAGGCCUGAACCUGCUGAGAGGUGUCCAUGCUAUAGAGAGCAUACUACAGAAUGAUGACGAGGACUUUAAUUAUGUGAUUGCCUUCUUCCUCGGCACGGCGGCCUGUCUGUAUCAGUGCUACCUGUUUGCCUACUUCUCCAUCUGGAGGAACAGCAAGUCCUUCUUGGCGUUUGCGCUCAUCUGUCUGUCCAACAUGUAUCUGUAUGAACUGAGGAACAUUUGGCAGAUCCUCUUCCAUGUAGCCGUGGGGGCCUUCAUGACCCUGCAAAUCAGACUGAGGCAGCCGCUGGGCAAAGCGCCAGACUACAACGUCUGACAAAGAAGAAGAAAAAAAAAAAAAAAAACUAACGCGCUGUAAGUCAGGUGCCCCAGCGGUGGUCUGUCGGACACACCGGAAGCAAAAACAAGCCUUCCCGAUUCGGAGGAGGGAGAGGAGGGGCUGAACAUUUCACCGGAGCAUAAAUGGAUCUGCCUCCGUUUGGAUUUGGAAAGGAAAGUCUGCUGCGGUCCGACUGCUUCAUGGAUUUUAUUGGAUUGAUUUUGGAAGCUGCCUCCUUUCCUUUAUUGCGUGAUGAUGAUUUAUGGACUUCUUCUGCACAGCUCUGAUUUAGGUCACAGGCCUGUUUGCAGGAUGGUUGCAAACCCCAUGCACUUGAAAAGGUUUUCUUUUACUGCAUCCAACAGGAAAAGAAAAUCCUAAUAAAUGUAUGUAUGAUUUCAUCAAUUAGAGUGACGUACCUUUCAGAAAGCAUUGAAACUGAACUCAUAACCUUUUCCCCCGUAUCUUCUUGUUAAACUAGCUCACAUGUCAGCCAUGAGGUUUGUUAAAUGAAUCCUGAAAUGAAUAACCUGAAACUACAUUUACCCACCAGCAGAUAUUUAAUUGUCUUUAUAAGUGGAGUACCUUACACGUCUCCCUGGUUCACCACACCUCAUUGAAUUAAAUUGGUCCAAUUCUUGUUUCUGCAGAGCUUGAUGACAAUUUCAGCCAUUUAAAUCAGAUGUGUUGGAGCAGGGAAACGUCUAAAAUAUGUCGGAUACCACUAUCUGUUUGAUUGAAAUUGGACUCGAUUACAUUUUUAAUAUAAAAUCAGGGUUUUUGCCGUAUCCCAGCUUUUCUCUCCUCUGCUCUAAACUCUCUCGAAGCAGCAGCACCGGUUGCUGAUUAUGCUUUAUUUUUGACUGUGUGGGGCAGAAAUUUGACUCAUUUUCCCAUAAAUGCAUUAGUCAGCAGCUCUGUGUGCUUUAGAGGCAUGCAGUUGGAUCACAGAACUAAAUGGACAACAUAUGUCGGGAGUUUCUGAGGUGAUAUUCACCCAGGUGGAUAAGAUGCAUCAGGACUUUUUAAACACAGACACAGCCUCAGCACGCCCUUCAAUUCUGUUCAUUUCUGUUUAGAGGCUAAAUGUUAGCUGGUUGUAUUAAACACCUGCCUCCUGUUCCAUGUUGGGAACUUUAAGCUGAUUGUAAAGAACAUGACUGCAGAUUGAAGGGAUGAUCUGAACUUGGCUUGAAUAAUUCAAAAUUCCGUUAAAUUUUACAGAAAAUCAGAAAAAAUGUGCAAUAAUACAAAAAUAUGUACAAUUUGCAACGUUUUAAAGCCAUUUUAAUCAGGGCAUUUUGUAUUUAAUAUUGUUUAAGUUUUGUUUACGUCAGUAUUUUUGCCACUUUGUUGGCCUCCAUCUUGUUUUAAAUUAGUUUUCUUUUUGACAAACACUUACAUGGGAUUGUAUCACAAAAUGCUUUAUUACUGAUGCUUUGCAAGCAGGUGAUGAUAAUGUCAACAUGACCUACAUCAAAGCUCAAAAGAAGCUCUGCAGUCUGGCUACAGAUUAAAGCCUCAUCUUUCUUUUCUUUGAUACCGUUUCCUCCUUUUUCUUUCCAGCUCAUAUUCAAAGUUAUUUGGAAGUGGAGUCAGGAGAAACGAGACGGAUAUUAACUAACCCAUAAAAACUUGAGUUUUUGAGCACAGACGCCAGAGUGUAUACCUCUAUCUCAUUGUAAUGAUUUCUACAUACCAGUCCACAUGCAUACUGCUUUUAAGCUUUAAAAACUUUGACAAUUAGGUGGAGGAUGUGGUAGAAUUUGCAUUGCGUUGCCAGUGUGUAUUUAUGUCAUUUGUAGGAGUAUAUGUGGCAAGAAAGUGAAGAAGAAAUCAGAAAACAACUCUUUAGACUACAAGAGAUUAAAUUAGGAUAAAACAAAGAAAAGUUUUUUACUUUGAUACCAAGAGGUAACAACCUGAAAACAAGCAGAGAAAGUCAACAGUCUGAAUUUCUUUUUCUUUUUUCUUUUUUUUACCUUUUGUUCAUGUUCUACCUACUCACAUCUAUGCUUUCUUUUAAACCCAGUGCUGGUAUUUCUUCAGCUGUAGAAAUGUCCAUUUUUGGUCUUGAGGUGAAACUAUGCAACGCUGCCUUCCUGUUUGAGUCACUCAGACUUUAAUUUAUUCACUAAUCAGGGGUAAAACAGUCGUAUCUUUUUUUGUGGUUGUUGUCUUUUGCAAGAGCUCAUUAUUUAUUCAAUGACUAAUUUCGGUGCAAGAUGUAAUCAUUUAUGAAAUUCAUGUUUUUUCAUUCAGACGUGUAUAAAUGUCUUCUUGUGACAACAUAAAGCUCCUGUCGGCUCAGACGAUCAGCAGUCGCAUCCUUCCUCGCCUACACAGCCUCGAGCGUAUGCCAGUGUCACAAUGACUGUGUGAAUAAACACAUCCGUGUUGCCAACAGCAAA